AUGGAACCCAGCGUCCUGCUCCUCCUCACUCUCCUUGUGGGCUUCCUGCUACUCCUAGUCAAGGGCCACACAAAUGCCCAUGGCCACCUCCCACCAGGACCCCGUCCCUUGCCCCUCUUGGGGAACCUCCUGCAGAUGGACAGAAGAGGCCUCCUCAACUCCUUCAUGAGGUUUCGAGAAAAAUACGGAGACGUGUUCACAGUGCACCUGGGACCAAGGCCGGUGGUCAUGCUGUAUGGGACACAGGCCAUAAGGGAGGCUCUGGUGGACCAAGCUGAGGCUUUCUCUGGCCGGGGGACAGUUGCUGUGGUUGAGCCAGUUGUGCAGGGAUAUGGUGUGAUCUUUGCCAAUGGAGAACGCUGGAAGGCCCUCCGGCGAUUCUCUCUGGCCACCAUGAGAGACUUUGGGAUGGGGAAACAGAAUGUGGAAGAGUGGAUAAAGGAGGAGGCCCGGUGUCUGGUGGAGGAGCUGCGGAAAUCCCAGGGAGCCCCCCUGGACCCUACCUUCCUCUUUCAGUGCAUCACAGCCAACAUCAUCUGCUCCAUUGUCUUUGGAGAGCGCUUUGACUACAAAGACCGCCAAUUCCUGCGACUGCUGGACCUGUUCUAUCGGACCUUCUCACUCAUCAGCUCAUUCUCCAGCCAGGUGUUUGAGCUCUUCUCUGGCUUCCUGAAGUACUUUCCUGGUGCCCACAAGCAAAUCUUCAUAAAUGUGCAGGAAGUCCUUGAGUACAUUGGACACAGUGUGGAGAAGCACAGGGCAACAUUGGACCCCAGCAAUCCAAGAGACUUCAUCGAUACCUACCUUCUACGCAUGGAGAAGGAGAAGUCCAACCCACACACGGAGUUCCAUCACCAGAAUCUCAUGAUCACUGUGCUGUCUCUCUUCUUUGCUGGCACCGAGACCAGCAGCACCACGCUCCGCUAUGGCUUCCUGCUCCUGCUCAAAUACCCCCAUGUUGCAGAGAAAGUCCAAAAGGAGAUCGAUCAGGUGAUCGGCUCACACCGCCUACCAACCCUUGACGACCGCACCAAAAUGCCAUACACUGAGGCCGUCAUCCACGAGAUUCAGAGAUUUGCAGAUCUUAUCCCCAUUGGUGUGCCACACAAAGUCACCAAAGACACUUUGAUCCGCGGGUACCUGCUCCCCAAGAACACUGAAGUCUACCCCAUCCUGAGCUCAGCUCUCCAUGACCCACAGUACUUUGAACAACCAGACACCUUCAAUCCUGACCGCUUCCUGGAUGCCAAUGGGGCACUGAAGAAAAAUGAAGCUUUUAUGCCCUUCUCUGUAGGAAAGCGCAUUUGUCUUGGAGAAGGCAUCGCCCGCAAUGAAUUGUUCCUUUUCUUCACCACCAUCCUCCAGAACUUCUCCUUGUCCAGUCCCGUGGAUCCUAAGGACAUUGACCUCAGUCCCAAGGAGAAUGGCUUUGGCAGAGUGCCCCCAACAUAUAAGAUCUGCUUCUUGGCCCGAUGACUGGCCCAAUGACUGAGAUGGUUGGGUGUCCCCACUCCCGUUGAGAAUGUCCCUAGCUCUCUGAGUCUAAGAGAACUGUUGGAAACCAGGCCGUAGGUCACUGCUCACAUUCUGCCACCUUACUGCAGCUUCUCCAAAAAACCACCAGUGUGUUCUUCUGCCCUGUGAAUGGUACUGGCAAAAUCAAUCAAGAGAUUGUGUCAACAGAGAGAUUUCUGGAGGCCACAUCUCAUACAGAGUCACUCCCCUAUCGCUCUCAACAGCCACAGUCCCCACGUAACAGCUCGAGGUGCACCAUGAAGUCAUCUAAUGGACUCUGUUUGUGAUCUGAAUUCUGCUUCUAUGAAUUUGCCUAAUAUGUAUUGUUCACAUAAACAGAAUCAUAUGCU